GAACAGUCGUGUAAAAUUUGCCAACUCUAAAUUGGUUUUGUUCUAUUUCUCUGUAUGUGUUUUGUUUUCAGUGCAGAGGAAUACCAAAUGGAAUUCCACGCAUUGAAUUUUGGAUUGCUGUGUACAAUUCUACUUGUGAUUGGCAGCAUUUUGGAUGGAGGCUGUGCUUUGGGACUUCAUGGUGGGCAAAGUGGGAUGCUCAGGAAUAACCGACUGCGUGGUACUUAUCUUGAGAAGUUAAAGAGAUUUCGAAUCACUAAUUCUUAUGAUUCAAAUAUAAGUGUGUCUUCAUACGAGGCAUACAACUAUACCCAAAUUCUAGACCAUUUUGGGUACACACCAGAGAGCUAUCAAACCUUUCCCCAGAGAUAUUUCAUAGACAAGUCAAAUUGGGGUGGCGCUCAGAACAAUUCUCCCAUAUUUGUAUGGUUGGGUGAGGAAUCUAGCAUUACGUCAGAUUUAGACACAGGCAUCCUCGUUGAUCAGGCUCCUAAUUUCAAAGCUCUAGUGGUCUACAUAGAGCACCGUUAUUAUGGGACGUCAAUGCCAUUCGGGGGAAGGAAGGAGGCGUAUGCAAAUUCGAGCACAAUGGGUUAUUUCACAUCCACGCAGGCCUUGGCCGAUUAUGCGACCGUCAUUGUCGAUUUGAAGAAAACAUUAAACGCUGAGAAUUGUCCAGUUGUAGUGUUUGGUGCAUCCUAUGGUGGAAUGCUAGCUGCAUGGUUUCGCCUAAAGUAUCCACAUCUAACAAUUGGGGCCUUCGCAUCAUCUGCACCUAUCCUUUACUUCGACGACAUAACUCCAACUUAUGGUUAUGGCAGUGUUGUCACCAAAGAUUUCAGAAAUGCAAGCGAGAUCUGCUGCAGAAGAAUUAAUGAAUCAUGGGAUAUGAUGGACAAAAUUGCAUCUAUCCCUCAAGCCCUGCUAAACCUAAGCAAACUAUUCAACACUUGCGAAAAUAUUACGGAUAUGGGUGCCCUGUACGAUGUGCUUGAAUACAUGUACGAGACUGCAGCACAGUACAAUUUUCAACAAGUUGAAGAAAUCUGCGAAGCCAUCAACAGCCUACCGGAAGAUGCAGACACUGUUAGCAGAAUAGCUGCUGCAGCAAAAUUAUCACAUUUAGCCAGACCAUGCUUGGAUUUGAGUCCAAUCAGUUAUCCCGGAUGGCACUGGCAGACUUGCACUGAAAUGGUGUUGCCAAUAAGCAAUCCUCCUGGCACCACAAUGUUACGGCCCUCCUACUUUGAUAUCGAGUCCUACUCAAGGGAUUGCUACCUUACGUACGGAGUCAUGCCACGCCAACACUGGGCAACAACUGAAUUCGGAGGACAUGACAUUAAAAAAGUAUUGAAAGAUUUUGGAAGCAAUAUCAUUUUCUCCAACGGCUUAAGAGAUCCAUAUAGCAGUGGAGGUGUCUUGUUCAAUUUAUCUGAAAGCAUUGUAGCCAUCGUCACCGAAGAGGGAACGCAUUGUGAAGAUAUUGCAGCAAGAGCCAGUAAAGAUCCAGUGUGGCUGAAAGAACAAAGACUAAAAGAGAUCAUGAUCAUCCAUAAAUGGAUUGAUGAUUACAAUAGCCAAUUUGAACUGUUUAUAAAUGGGGAUGAACAUCUAGACGUUUAAAAGAGUCCAAUUCAAAUUACGGUAUCACGUAAUUCUUCAUGGUGAAUGUAAUGUAGUAUAUGCACUAUGUCAUCUUAUAACCUUGUGGUUAAUGUAAACAUCCAGCGUACGUCGUGGACAGACUAAUUAGCAAUUAUUUAAUUUUGUGUUCGUAAUAUAUAGUUUUGAAAUAAACUUUCGUUACACAUUUUUCAA